UCGCCGCCUUUAAGCGCUAGCUGCCGUGCUCUGCUGACCACGUACGUACGUACCGCCUGCACUCCGCUGCUGCUUGUUAUAGCGUCCCCGGAUACGAGAUUGCAGCAUAUCCAUUGUCCAAGCAGGAGCUUGGAGAUAUAUAGAUGGCGGUGGUGGUGGCGGGGGGUGGUGGUGGAGGUGGUGGUGGAAGGGCGCGGGCGGAGCAGCAGCCGAGGCCGCAUUGGCGCGAGCAGCAGGGGCAGCGGAGCCCCGACAUGGCGGCCGUGCCCAGGCCGCCGCGCCCGAGGCCGGGGCCGGCCAGGGUCGCCGUCGUGUACUACCUGUCCAGGAACGGGCAGCUCGAGCACCCGCACUUCAUGGAGGUCGCCCUCUCCUCCCCCGACGGCCUCUACCUCCGAGAUGUGAUCGAUCGGCUCGACGCGCUGCGAGGCAAGGGGAUGGCGCGCAUGUACUCCUGGGCCUCCAAGAGGAGCUACAGGAACGGGUUCGUGUGGCACGACCUGGCGGACGACGACUACGUGCACCCAGUGGGCGGGCGGGAGUACGUGCUCAAGGGCACCGAGCGCCUGCACCCGCCGGCGAUCCACCUCCCGCUGCUCGACGCGGCCGCCGCGUCCUCCUGCUCCUCCGGCUCGCACGACACCACCACGUCCUCGUCCUCAGGCUGGGAGCACGGUCACAGGAAGGGCGUCGCCGGCGCGUGCGGCACAGCGGAGGUCGGCGAGUACAGGGUGUACAAGGCCGAGGACCGCGCCGCGGCGGCAGCGGACGCGGCGACGCAGACCGAGGACGGGCACCGCGGGCGGAGCCGCGGCCACCAGAGGCGCGCCCAGGAGGAGCUGAGCCGCGAGGAGACGUCGCCGCCGACGGCGUCCACGAGCCCCGAGACGCUGGAGGCGCUGAUCAGGGCGGACGGCCGCGUCCUGGCGACCGUCCCCAGCGGCGCGAACCGGGCCAGGGCGUCGUCCGUGCUGAUGCAGCUCAUCUCGUGCGGGUCCGUGUCGGUGAAGGGCGGGCUGGCGACGCCGGUGCUGCCGCGCGGGGUGCACUACCGCCCGCGCCCGCCGCGGCCGCCGGCUCGCGCGGCCGCCGAGACGGCCGUGUACCGGCAGAAGGCGGUCGAGGACAAGGAGUACUUCAGCGGGAGCCUGGUGGAGACGCAGCGCCCGGCCGCCGACCCGUGCCAGGACCUGGCCGUCCUCCGGCGGUCGUCCUCCGACAACGCCGACAGGGCGGGGAAGGCGGAGGAGGCGGUGGACCUGCACGACCGGUGCAUCCCGCGGAAGCCCAAGAGCAAGAAGGACGGCUACCAGGUGAUCUCCUGCACCGCCGCGCACGCCAGCGGCAAGAGGGUCGGGGCGUGAGGGCGUACGUCCGUCGUGGUUCGUCGUCGGCAACGCUGCAGCUGUAUAAUCCUCUGUUGUUGUUUGGGUGGCCUCGUUUGUGGCUUGUCUGGAGCUUGGGUGGGUGUGAUUCGGUCGGCUGGCUGGUAUAUCUGGGUGUGACAUGAAACAGUAUUUGUGACGAACGGUACAUAUGAUGGCUUGCUCU